AUGCCUACCCGGGAGCCCCCCCACGCCCACGGCUCCCGGGGGGACCUGCAGUUCCGCCCGCCUGGCCCAGGGCCUCCGCCAGGAGCGCACAGGGCACGGCCCAAGAAGAUUGUAUUUGAGGAUGAACUGCCCUCCCGGCCCCGCCCCGGCACCAAGAAGCCUGUUGAAUCCAUCCCUGGGGAGCAUAUGCCGAGGCCCCACCCAGUGCCCGACUAUGAGCUCAGUAAGUACCCGCCAGUGAGCAGUGGGAGGGAACGGAGCUGCUACGCCGCGGUGUUCCAGGACCAGUAUUCCGAGUUCUUGGAGCUCCAGCAGGAGUUGCGCUCCGCACAGGCUAAGCUCCAGCAGCUGGAAGCCCUGCUGACCUCACUGCCCCCACCCCACAGCCAGAAGGAGGCUCAAGUAGCCGCCAGAGUCUGGAGAGAAUUUGAGAAGAAGCGGACGGACCCCGGCUUUCUGGACAAACAGGCUCGCUGCCGUUACCUGAAGGGAAAACUGAGGCACCUCAAGGCGCAGAUCCAGAAAUUCGACAACCGAGAAGACAGUGAGGGCUCUGUGUACUUCUGA